ACUUUACCUUCAGCGCUAGUGGCGUUCGCACUGUCUCUCACAAAUCAGCUCCAAAGCUCUCUCAUUUCGGCUACCCUCGCCUGUAUUCUCAUCCUCAUCACACUCGAUUUUUUUUUCUUUGCAACACCGCAACUUAAUUAGCGCAUGUAUUCAACGUGAACCUGAUCUAAUACUCACUGUGCGGAUACAUAUUAGAUGUUUUCUAAGUGGAUGGUGCAGGAUUACUGUUAUUAACUUCGAUCUGACGGAUACCUGUAUGAAUGUUGAUUUUUCAUCGCCUAAAAGAGAUUGAAUUUCUUUUAAAUGUCUGUGAUAUCACCCCAAACUAAACCAGACUCUGGUUAUAUCUUUUCUUCUCCUGGUUUCCACCCUAGCCGACACGCCUACAUGAAUAGCCAGGCCCUGGACUUCGCUUCCGUUGGUCAGCUUCAGAGCGCCAACAAGCACGCUAAACUUUUCUCGGCGGAGCUUCUCAACUCCGCCAUCCUCGAAGACACGGAUGCGGCGAUGAAUGCCGCCAAGACGAGCUUUUCCGUCAAAGACAUCUUGGAUCUACCACACGCUGCCGUCGCUGCCGCCGCCGCGGCGGGGGUCAGCGUAGCGACUCACCCGAUCACCGGUCUCCCGCUCGACAAGGCAUUCCUUACAGACUCACAGAUGGAAGCAUUGAAACAGACGAUGCAUAACGGGACUGAUCAGGCAACAGGUGGUGGUGGAGUUGGUCGAGCGGACACAGGGGUGGUCUCUGGACAGACGGGUGUGGAUUCGAUCUACGACCAGAGUGACAAUCCCUAUACCAGAUGGCUUCAAACUCAAGGGGGCGAUGCAGUGCAUUAUUCAUCUUUGGCACAAAACUCGGUAUCUCACAACAGCACCUCAUCCAUCGCCACAUCACCGACUUCCACUACGGCAUCCGCUCAGGUUCACGAAGAUGACGAUGACGACCUCGAUUCCGUUGCUUCUGACAAGGACGGGGACUCGGCGAGUCGCGACACGUCAUCGCCAUCAUCAGGUGACCCACCCAAGAAACGAAAGCGACGCGUCCUGUUCUCCAAAGCCCAGACUUACGAGCUAGAGAGGCGAUUCCGACAGCAGAGAUACUUAUCAGCACCAGAAAGGGAACACUUGGCGAGCAUUAUCCGUCUCUCGCCGACGCAAGUCAAGAUCUGGUUCCAGAACCACCGCUACAAGCUGAAGCGAGCCCGCCAGGAGAAAGGCUUGGACUUGAAUCCGUUACCUUCUCCGAGACGCGUUGCCGUACCAGUCCUGGUGAGGGACGGCAAACCCUGCAAUGCAGGCCUGGGUGGUAUGAAUGGGGCCAACAUGGGCACACAUGGAGCAGCAGCAGCAGCAGCAGCGGCUGCAGCAUCAGCGUGUAUGUCAGCAGCGGCAAAGUCCCACCAUCAUCACCAUCACCACCACCAAGAUUCGAUGCUAGCGUCCUCGGCCGCCGUGACGGCGCCACAAUCUCUACAACACAUGCAACAUUACCCGUCACCUUGUAGCUAUUCAACAGUGACCGCACCAUACAAUAGUAACUACAGCUCAUUUAGUAACAUGUCGAUGGCUAACAACAUGCAGUAUACAGGUUCAAUGGCACAACCAUGGGCGUGGUGAGACACCAGAAAUUAUCCUUUAAGACUCAAAAACUCUGCUCAUGAGAUUUCCUUGAAGGACCUCAAAUGAAAUAAUAAUUUUUCAACUUUUUGUUUUACAAAUUUGAUAAAUGAUCAAACCAAUAUGGACAAAUAUCGGAGUCAUCGAUAUCAAGCAAGAUGAUGAGGUAUGUGUGUGAGUGAGAGAGAGAGAGAGAGAGAGAGAGAGAGAGAGAGGAUGUAACAUACAGAAAAUGAUAUCAUGAUGCGAUAUCAAGUGUUAUCGCGAUAAGUCAUGCAAAUUUAAAAAAAUUGUAACUGGUCCCUUACAAGUUAAGUCGGUUACUACUGAAAUACAUGCUCUGUGAAAGUGGAUAGAGAAGUCAAGUGGAAAAACAUCUUUUUACUAACAUGAUAAUAUGAGCGAAUAUACGGUACACGAAUGAGAUCAUUUGAACUGUAUCUUGAGAACGAUCGAUUUGUGAUGUCUAACAUCAUGAUAAACUCUACAUUAU